AUGACAUCAACUAAACGCAAACCACCACCGCCCAAGAAACCUCCUCAGGCACGCGAUGCCUUGCGUUUCUCCUUUGGCCUGCGCCUAGGUCUCGCGUUCGUUGUGGCAGUUGUUGCCUAUCUCUUUACCAAUGGCGCUAAUGCCCCCAACCGGCCUGCAUUCGAGGUCGUUCGGAUCCCAGGAAAGGGAAAAGGCUUGAUUGCUCAACGAGAUAUCCAACAAGGAGAGCUUCUCAUACGAGAAAAGCCGCUAUUUCGUGUUCCAUCGUCAACCACUGAAUCCCCCCAACAACUAGUUUGGAAGCUGCUUCAGGCGACUAGCGCAGAAGGACAGGCUGCGUUCUGGGACCUCUCGUAUGUGAACCUUCCGGAGACUGUGACGCAACGAGAUCAUGUCGCGCUGGCAAUUUUCGAAACGAAUGCGGUCGCUGCUGGGCAGCAAGUGGGGAUAUUUCCGGGAAUGGCCAGACUGAACCAUGGGUGCUCAAGCGCAUUCAAUGCGGUCUAUACGUGGAGAGAGAGCGAGCAAAUGCUAUAUGUGCAUGCGUUAAGGAAUAUCUCCAAGGGCCAGGAACUGCUUACAACUUACACGGACACCAAACGACCACGGAACGAGCGACGAGCUUUCCUUUCUUCUCAUUACGGAUUUGAGUGCACUUGCGCGGUGUGCUCUCUGGACAAUGCUGGCUCACUUGCGUCCGACCGGCGGCUGACGUCUAUUUCCGAGUUUUAUCGGUACUUUGCGACGUGGGGCAAUGGUGACAUUACUGGUGUCGAGGCGAUUGAGGCUAUUAAUAACAUCUGGAAACUGGAAGAGGAAGAAGGCUACUGGAGCGAACGUGGGCGACUGGCAGCGGACGCAGUGUGGAUAGCUGCUGCCCAUUCUGAUUUUUCUGCCGUACGGAGCUGGGCCAGGCUCGCUGCCAAAUGGUAUACGAUAGAGUUAGGUGGAGACAGCGAGACUGUUUUGGAAGUUGUCAGGUUCGCUGCUAAUCCCAAGGCACACACUGCGUGGAAUUCAAGGGAGCCGUUGCCGGUGGGCGGUCCAUGGCCAUCGGCUGGUUGA